AUGGCAAAAAAGAAGCAGCAACAACAACCAAAAGCCGCGGCUGUUCCAUCCUCUGAAAAUGACGAACUAGAGGACGACGAUGAUGAAUCCGUGGAAGACGUCGAACUCGAAUUGCUGCAAGUCGAUCUUGGUGAUAUGAUCAAGAUGAAGCAAAUUCUAGAUGAGACUGUCGCAGCUGCCAUUAUGGAACGCUUGGAAGAAGAUCACAGACUCGACAACAUCAAGCUUUCUUUGAUGACGGCUGCCUGUUUGUUUGCCAUGGUGGCUCAAUUUGCUCCUGUUCCAUUUCCGGAUUCCCGUCCCAUCCUGGGCGUCUGUUGCUGUUGCUACUUCUUUUUGAGUGGAAUCAUGCAGUUGAUCACCACCUUUAUCGAUAAGGAUUCCAUACUUUUGACCAAGCCCAUCAGCGAGGCUACCAAGAAGCGUGGAGAUAAGAAGCCCAGUCUGCUUCAGAAGGAAAAGAUCCGCGUCCGUACUCAGUUUCCUCGAUUCUCAGAAUUCUACACUCUCAUUUUGGAGUACCAAGAGGAACCAGAGAAAAAGCCAAUGGUAGAAGCAAAAUGGAGUGUUGGCCAGUUCUUUGAUGAGGAAGGCUUUUUCGAUGAAGUUGGCCUUCAGAAGUCUGUCUUGUCGCUAUUGACGCGAUUGGAAAAGGGAGAAAACGAUAAGAAAAAGAAAAAGACAGAGUAA